UUUGGAAGCUACAUUGAACUAGCUACAUCAUAAGUUCUUUUAAAAGAUGCUACAAAGUUCAAAGGACUGUUCAUCAAUAUGUAGAUAAUAAAACUGCAAACAUGACAGCCAAGAUUGAACAAAAGAGCAGAUACUCUCAACCAAGCUUUAUUGUUGAUGCAUGGACGUAAAGUCUUUUACCCUCUAUCUUUCUGAUAACACAGAGCACAUGUGAUGAAAGAGUUGCUAGAUGCUGUUCAAAAUUUGUGCCAAAAGUGGAAAAGCAUUAGUCUGAGGGAAAAGAUGAAAACCAAAAAUUUUUAUAUUAUGCUAGCCUUCUUGGGAGCGACUUCCAUGUCUUUGUGGUUACUAAGUAAUCCAACACCAAAUUUUAACACAAUUGUUGCACAAACCCAUAAACAGAUUAACAAUUUCAAAAACAUUCCAAGCAACAUUCGCAGUUCAAAUCAGGAGGAUUUCCAUGUAGACCUCAAAUUGUUGGAUAAACUUGGAUUUGAUGUAGAUCCCAUUAAUACAGAAAAUGUAAUGAAGUUCAGCAAGGAUAAAAUUAAAAAGAUUAAUGCAACAAUCAACAAGCCUGUUAUAGCUAUACCUGCUCUUCCAAAAUCCUUAGAUAAAGUUAUUGCACUUGUCAAAUCGGCUGGCAAAUUUCUACCAGAUGUUCCUGUUAUAAUAUAUGAUCUAGGACUAAGCUACCAAAAACAUUUAAAGUUGACUGUUCAUUGCAACAAAACUUCUUCAUGUACAGUAAAGACAUUUGAAUUUGAAAAGUAUCCAUCUCAUCUUAGAGACCUCUCCAUACCCAGCUACAGGCCAGUGCUCUUACAGGAAAUUUUAAAUGACAAUGGAACAGUGAUAUGGGUGGAACCUUCAGGAUACAGUUUUAUAUCUGGAGACAUUAGGCCUCUUCUAAAGAAAGCUCAGGAGAAUGGAAUUGUGGCCUGGACAAGUAAGGACCCCGUGUCAACCAUAACCUAUGACAAAAUGUAUAAAUACUUCAAAGCGUCAGCUGACCAGUAUUACUUCCUGGAAACGGCCCAAGCUAACCCCCUGAUUCUGCACAACACGGAAAAACUACACAGCAAGGUGAUGCUGCCGUGGGUCAAGUGUGCCCUGUCUAGUGACUGCCUGAACCCCGUGGGGGCCUCAAACACGGGGUGCACGGACAGGAAGCCUCUGUACCUAUAUAGAGGCUGCCACAAGUAUGAUGUGGCUGCUCUGAAUAUUAUUUUAGGACAAGUGUUUCAAUACGAUGAAUCCCCUUAUAAGACUAAAGAAAAGAUAUUUGGAAUUCCAGAGGAGAAAAAGACAACGGAAUCAGGAAACCCAAUGCAUGCUUGAGUUGGGAUAAGUAUAUCUAAAGUAAAUGAAGAUCUUAAUAAACUAAAUCAAGUAGUCAUUAUUCAUGAUUUGAGGGUACAUAACACAGACAAAAAUUUAAUUCAUGGAUUGAUACCCCUUUUCUUUUUUGACUGAUUUUGAAUACAAAUGACAUAAUUAAUAAAUUCCUAAAAUAAAAAGAUUGUAGGCUUUCUUUGCAUGGAGCUUAAAUAUGCAAUUUUGUGUCAUUUUCUGUAUAAUUCUAUAGAAUAAGAUACAUUUUAACACUGUGAAAAAAUCCUACAGAAUUCUCUCACAAACCAAUCAAACAUCAUUCAGGAUACCUAUUGGAAUCUAAAUCUGAGAAAAAUUGCUGAUUUCUGAAAAAAAGUUUGUGUUGAUUAUCCUUAAAUACACUGAUUUAAAUGGUGCAAUAUUAUGUGAUUAUGUCAAUAGAAUACAUUUAUUAAUGUUAUGUGUGUUUUGAGCAACAUAUGAAAGUGUAUUAAUGUAAGGUUUGCAAUCGAUCGACAUUCCUUCGCUGACUCUACUACACUCCAUUCAAACCUCGGAUGUAAUAGGUGGAGGAUACAUCUCCCUGCCGGAAUCUGCCUUGUCACUCAUUUCAUACUUUGCUCUGCAUAAAGUUCUUCAAAAAGGUUUUUUAACUUAAUUCUUCAUUGUACGAUAUUGCUUAUAAUUAAGUACAACCAUAUGUUGGUAGUCUAUAAAAGAAAGAACGUAGUUUUUGGUGUCCCACAAAGUAACUCAGAUUUUAAAUGUUACAGUAUAACAUUUGAAUGAAAUUCAAAUAAGAUCACGUCUCACUGAAUCAGCAAGAUGGUAGAAUACCUCUGAAGUCCGAGGUUAAUGUGUGAGGUAUUAAAAAUCCGAGGAGCUCCGAGUGGUUUGCAAUACUAAUUAAUCUAUCCCUAAUUUGAUAUUUUGAAUAGUCAUACAUAUAUUAUGUGCAGAUAUUUUAAGGAAUGCGUUUGUUUUGUGGAAAUUUACUGUUUUAAACUUCAAAGAAUUUAAGUUUCAAAUGUUGCUUACCGUAAAUCUGGAAAUUUUGCUGUAGAUAAAUUUUUAGCAAAUUUGCGAGUUCAUUGCAUUCACAAAAAUAUUUUUCUUAAAAAUAAACUACCAGUAAGAAAAUGUAAACAAAGUAGAGGUCAUUCGCAAAAUUUUGAAAUGUAAAAAUUAAUCAACAGCAUUUUGACCCGAAUUUGCAAAAUGAAAUUGACGCAAAAAUUUCCAGAUUUACGGUAUAAUAUGCAAUUUAAAAUUAUGUUUUGUUGAAAUACUGGUAUAUGAAGUGCAGUUAUAGGUAUUAUUUAGAAUAUAAAGUACUCAUUUUACGUUUUUUUCCCCAAUUUUUUCUAGUUUUUAACAUUCUGAACAAAAUUACAUGAUAAAUUAAUAUCAUUAUUUGAUACUUAUUGAUAUUUGAGCUAACUUGUGAUUCUUUGCAUAAAUAUCCAGAGAUUUCAAUGUUUUAUAUUUUAAAAUCUCUAAAUAUUUAUGUUUUUAAAACUGGUUGUUUGAUAUGAUUUAAUAAAUCUCUGAGGUUUAUUCUCUGAACUUAAAUUUAGAGUUCCUCUGCAAAACUACCAUUGAAUCAUUGUUUUUCUUGAGAAACCAGUUUGUGGAUUUUGUGGGUUAGCUUUACCCAUGAAUUUACAUUCCCUUGUAUGAUCUUUAUUGAUUUUGACCAGGUUGUUUAUAUAUGGUAGACUUUGUAUUAAUUUCACAAGAUAAACUAGUCCAGUGUUUUGAUUAAAUCAUGGAGUAAAAAACAUGUACAUGCAUUGUUUAUUGAGAGAUUGUUUGUUUAAUAAUUAAGACAACCCCCCCCCCCCAAUUUGUAGUUGCAUCCAAAAAAAAUUUGCUGUCAUUUUUCACAUGUUAUCAUUUUUACUAUUUUUCCUUAUUAAACAAGUCAGCAGUUCAAUGCUGUUAAAGUAUUGUUCAUACAUGUAUGAAGAAAAUAAACUAUUGAAAUCAAUCUCAGUCAAUUUAAUGAAGAUACAUACAUGUGUCAUAAUGUGUUUUGUCUAACAUAAAUGGCUUGAAUGUUGGUAUUUUGUUUUUUGCAUGAAACUGUUCAUCAGUUGUUUGUAAUUUAUAAUGUUAAUGUGCAAAUAAAAGAGUUACAACCAAGAA